GGACGACAAAAAGGAAAACGGUGCUGAAAGAAAUACAGAUAUAUUUUAGUCGACAUCUGGAACGUUAACUAUGGACACCGACACGAAUAACACCACGCAAGAUACGAUAAAUUACGUGAAGCAGCAGAAACGCGAUGUUUCUGGAUCAAAACGCAAAGUCAAAAUACUUUUUUAUAUAUAUUGCGUUGGCUCCUCUUUAGUGAUGGCCGCUUACUUCGCUCUGAUCAGUCUUCAAUCAAGCCUCAACAUUGAAGGUAGCGCGGGAACAAUAUCUGUUGCCACAAGUUAUGUUGUAUCGGCUAUAUUCGGCAUUGUUGGCACUCCGAAUUUCCUCCGAAUAUUCGGUUCACAAGCUACACUGAUUAUUGGAGAAAUCCUCGUUAUUGUAUACAUAGCAGGAAAUUUCUACCCGGAACUUUACGUACUGUUGACCUGUUCUAUCGGCGUUGGGAUUUCCAUUGCAAUCAUUUUCCCUGCCUUUAGUGCGUUCAAUACUGAAUUCGCAAUGUUGUACAGUAAAUGUGGAUUUCUUGAAGAACACUUAUGCAUAUCCAGCUUUCAGGGAAAAUUUUACGGCUUCUAUAUGGCAUCUCAGAUAUUGGGAAAUUUGGUGUCCUACGUUAUUUUAUUUUCCGCUACCACCGAUCAUGAACCGCACAUUCAACCGAACGUUACAACGAGCUUCCCGUUGGCAACACAGCCCGAUAUAGAGCAAUACAUCAAUAUGCACUGCGGUGCAAAUGACUGUCAGGAGCAGGCGGUACUCGAUGUUCUUUCAAGUCGAUACAAUCCCCCACACCAAAGCUCUGUUAUUCUUCUUCUAUCCGUUUUAAUUUUGAUUGCUUCGGUCGGAGUUUGUAUCAAUUUUUUCGUUGUUCCUGGGUGUGGAAGAUUCCAUCGGUUCCUGGAUAGAUUACGAAACGAUUCUGAGCCAGAGGUUGUCGAAUUUCAUUCUAAAUUCCCUGAACCUACUACCAAAUUUCACACCAUAGGAGAAGUUAAUAACACAUUCUUUAUCGACGAGAUAGAUUAUGGGGGGAAAUAUGAUAUGAACAAUAACGAAAAUGAGCUGGAUAUUGACAAGGAUGGAAAAGUUGAUGACAAUAAUAACAAUGAAGUAGCAGUUAACAAAGCAUCUGGUAUUCAAAACGUUUCAGUAGUGAUUUCGGAAGAUAUUUUGGAAAAUAAAGAGCAGAAAACCGAUGUUGCCCAUGAAAAAUCAACGUGGUCGACGAUCAAAUCCACUUGCAGUGUGAUGUUUAGUUGGGAACAGUUCUUCAUCAGUGGUUUAUUAUUUCACUAUGGAAUGGCAAGAGCGUUCGUUUUCUCUGAUCUCACAAGGGCAUACGCGUCAUGUACAGUCGGCAUUCAACUUGUCGGCGUGUGUAUGGCUAUGCAUGGAGCUCCAUCCACAAUUCUUUCAUUCUACGGAGGAAAACUGUUGAAUAAAUUUGGCAGGAAUGUCCUCAUUGCUGCCGCAAGUCUUCUCAAUUUAGUCAUGUACUUCAUAUGCCUAUUCUGGAAUCCACAAACCGACGAUCAAUGGUUGAUAUAUCUUAUGUUCUUGGGCUUUGGAUUAUGUGAAGGAAUAUGGCUUCCAAACACUAUUGUUAUCAUGAUUGGACGAUAUAAAACGAAACAGGAUAUUGCAAUGUCCGUGUGGAACGUAACGUUUAUGCUUGGUGCUGCUGUCACUUUUGCAUUUAGCUCAAUGAUGUGCGUUAAUGAAAAACUAUACCUGCUCAUAGGCCUCCUGGUAUUUUCUACAUUUACAUACGGGUUUUCGGAAUACAAGUUCUCACGAGCGAGAGCCAGAUCCACGGCGAGUCAGAACAGCUCCGACGUCGUCGAUACCAGUCAACAUGCCUGUACACUGUAGUAGUUCAAAUUUGAACCGUCGGACGCAGAUGUAUUGCGACAAACAUUGGUCUUGCAUGUUGUCACGCAUUUCGACAGGAGUAACUCAAUACUGCAUGAAUGAAUAUACUCAGGCUGUUUUUGAAUUUUUCUGCAAUUGCCAAAGUUGUAUAUAUUGACGUCAAAUAAUUAAACUUGAGUAGGAUAAGCAAUGUACG